CUUGCACGUCGCUGAUCGUCGCUGAUCGCUGACCAAGACUUUUUAGAGCUCAUGUCAGCCUCUGCAUCCAGUUGGAUGCGAUUCUGGGAAGGUGGUGGUGACAACAGCAACGGUAGCAAGAAUGGCCGCAAAAGUCCCGCAGGUCCAAAAGCGACGAUUCAUAGCGACUUCAUUCGUUCGACUCCACAUCAGAAUUCUUCCCUGGCUCUUGAAGCGAGCCUUCGGAACAGCAUUCGCCGAAGGGCCAAGCGGAUCGUCACCAAUCCGUAUAUCACUCAGUUCAUGGCUUUUGUGGUCCUGUUCGAUGCCUACUGUAACUGGAGCGACAUUGACGCUCGAGCUCAAGAGGAGCGGCCGCCUGAGAUCCUCCAAAUAGGCUCCGUCGUUUGCCUGUCACUGUACACUAUUGAAGUAAUUCUGCUGACCGUAGGACAAGGCCGUUCUGUUCUGAAGGAUAGCAUGUUUAUCUUGGAUCUUUGUGUCAUUGUCUGCGGUUUCUUGGAAAUGAUCCUGGAUUCAGUAGCAUCAGAUCUCGCAGCCAGGGUUAGCAUCCUCAGCAUUCUCCGGUUGCUGCGACUUGGGCGAGUCGUUCGCUUGGUUCGGCUCUUCGGGAAGAUCCGAGCCUUGAGAGAGCUUCAGAAGCUCGUGACCAUGAUUUCCACUUGUCUCAAGGCUUUGGCCUGGUCCUUCGUUUUCUGCUUCAUCGUCAUGACUAUAUGGGCCAUGCUUCUCGUGGAAUUAGUGCACCCAUUGAUACAGGAGCUGAAUGCCAACACAAGCGUUUUUGCAGACUGCAAUCAAUGCCUACGUGCAACCUCAAGUGUGAUGCAUGCGAACUUGCUGCUCUUCAAGACAGUCAUCGCGGGCGACAGUUGGGGUAAAAUUGCUGUACCGGUCAUUGAGGCUCAUCCCGCCACGGCCAUCAUUUUUGUCGGCUCGCUUCUCACGAUAGUUUUCGGAGUACUAAAUUUGAUUGUCGCCGUGGUUGUAGAUACUUUCGCAGACGCGCGCGACCGGGACGUCCUCAAUUUAGCUGAAGAGAUGGAACAAGACCUUGCACACGACAAAACGUAUUUGGAGCGUAUGUUCAAACGGAUUGACUUAAAGGAUGCCGGCAAAUUGAGUUUGGAUCAACUUGUGCAGGGAGCCCGGAACGAUGCGGAGUUCCAAAGCCGGUUGAGGGUGAUGGACAUUGAUGAGAUGGACUUGGUCCAACUUUUUGAGAUGAUCGACACAGACGGCUCGGGCUUUAUUGAGCCGAAUGAGUUUAUUCGACCGCUGAGCCGUUGGGUCCACGACUCCAAGACAGCGCCGAGAUUUAUCAAGUACAACAUGAUGCGCGCGAUGGCGCAACAAGAAGAGAUAAAAGAAGAGCAGUCGGAGCUUCGACGAUGCAUAGAAAAGAACUUCAUAGAGCUUGCGCGAAGAAUAGACAAGCUGCACCCAACGAAUAGCUCGAACUUCGCUGACAAAGGCUCCGGGAAGUUUGAUUCGCUUUCUGUGUUAAGUGACGAAGAAGUGGAACCUGUGAGGAGCUCUCAAAAGGUCACACUUCAAAAGCUUGCAGAUUCUGAGGCUGACCUAGAAGAUGCUGUGAAGAGAUUGGAAGACCUGGUGCUUCAUGCAACGGUCUCUGCUUUAAAAGACCCCACAGAUUUGCUAGAAGGCGGACACUGGGAGAAAACUGUCAAGUUUGCUACUGAGCACUUGCCAGAGGGCAUCAUCAGGCAAGUCCUAAUGGACUUUGAACAUUCGAAGCCGCCUCAGGAGCUGGAAGCCAGAGAGGCAUUCUGCGCUGUUUCCAAUUUCCCAAGCGGCCCAAGUGGCCUACCCUUCCAGAACGCAAAGACAGCUAAGGCUUUGAAUCGCCAGAACAUGCCAGAACACAUCACGUGAGAAAAGAUGCUCACUUGUCACAUGCCGAUUUUGGCCAACCGACUGCGGUGGGUGUUGGCAUGCCAUUAAUUCGAACAGUUCAGCCAGAAUUUUGUGCCCAGUCAUUACUGGUUUGCAUCCCCAGCCAGCAUGGCAGGUUUGGUGGCCAUUUUGGGAAGCCACACCUUCAGACUGGCAUGCAUGCAUCUUCCAAGUACUGUCUCAUGAUUGCCAGCAGCCUACCGCUUGCAAAAUGCAAAGGGUUCCGGUCUUGGCGAGGGACGUACUAUCUAUUGCUCGUUUUACUGUUUUUUUCCCAAUUGAAAAUUUUACUGAUGCUUGAGCUUCAUCUCCAACAAGGAGUGAACUCGAUCCACACGGCCGUGCCGACAGAGAUUGGUCUGGGUCAAAACCUUGAGACCC